UAUACGCUCGAUUAAUUUUAAUUGAUUAUAAAUAAAUUAUUUCUUAAAUUAUGAGAACUAUUUUCCUAAACUUUCCCAAACUAUUCGCAAACUUUUAUAAUAAAAAAAAAAGAGAGAAAUGUUAAACUUGUGUUAAAUAUAUGAAGAUCCAUGUCGGUUGUAUGUCAUCUAAAAUCUUUUUUAAGGAAAGCACCCACUUUUGCUGCGUCCAAUCGUGCCGUGUCAUGUCAUUGUUGGAAAGCACCGUGUCCAACGCCCGCGCCAUGUCGAUGUGUGUCGCCUAAAAGUCUUGAUAGAAAGCUCCCCGUGUCAACAAGCAUGUUGCCACAAUACGAGUCGAGUAGAAAAUUCAAGGUCCCCGAAGGCGCGCGCGUGCGCGAGGCGCGAGCGUGUGGAGUGGAGGUGCAACGCGACGGUUUGGAGAGCUGUGCGAACUUCAUGUGUGACAUCACGCUUCAUUGUUGGAGGUUUACGUCAUUCUCGAGUCUGCUCGAAGAGUCGCGUGGAGUCGCGCAGCGUCGCGGGGACGAGUGCAUGCAUGUACGUACAUACGUUUGUACGCACGCACGCAUGCAGGCAGGCAGGCAAGACAGACAGAGAGACAAUCUCGUCGUGAAAGACAACAAGCGAUAAAUGUCGCUGAACGCUCCAGUCACCAGUGUCUCUCGCGUGUAAAACAACGUCCGGGUAAAAAGACGUCCGGAGGUGAACUCGAAACAUUUUUAAUUAGAAGAAACUAGGAUAUAAAGCUUUAUUCUUGGUGAAAAGCAUUUAAUGUACUGGCGUAUCUGACAAAAAUGUCAUCAAGAAAAGCUUAAAAGUUCCAAUUGAAAAGAAUAUACAUUCAUAUUUCCAGAAGUAGGCAUUUAAAUCAGUUUUAAAUAAUGAGGAAUAUUUAUCAUCAGGUAUUGAUCAAGCAUAAAUUUUACAAUCACCAGUAUUUCCAAUAUACAAGAAAUAUACGUGAUGCUGUUGCUUCUAAACUGCUUGCAGCUAUACAACAAGCUGCAGUACGAUGCUGAGAAUUGUUCUGAAUAUACUGAUGCCUAUAUAAUGUUAGAAGAAUUCUACAUAUUUGCCGCAGAACUGGCACAUCUGUGCGAGCAAGGAACAGCAGUUGUUCCUAUGAACGCCUCUUGUUCAUUACACGGUGAUGGAAAAGGUACUAAACACAAAAUUGGUUCAAAGAGGAUGGCGUAUGAGGUAUUUUUGGGCGGGUCUUGUAAUCCAACUACCUGGAGGUCAGAUAUAGCGAUACCGACUCUUCAGAAUCUUGGCAUUACUUAUUAUAAUCCUCAAGUGUCACAGUGGGGGCCGGAAUUAAUAGCCCAAGAAUAUGAGGCAAAACAGACGGCACGAGUCUUACUGUUUGUCAUUGACAAUCAGACGCGCAAUAGCGCAGGCAUCAUUGAAGCAGCUCAACUGGCAGCUACACGUAGCGAGUCCUUGGUUCUUGUCAUUUAUCCGUAUCGUCAAGGACAAGCUAUACUUGGAGAGACUGUUUCCACACAGGAAUAUUAUGACUUGAUGAAUGGGUUGUUAGUGCUUCAAUAUCUAAUGGAAAGGCAAAGGGUACCAAUAUUCGAGAGUGUAUCAGUUGCCCUUCAUUGUACGUCCAAGAUGUUACGUGAAAAGAUCAAUGUGCAAGAUUGCGUGAACACUGAGGAUGGCAUCAAACCUAUAAGAAUCUCGCUUACUCAAAAUGGAACGGAUGUAGUAAAAUUGCGAGAAAUUUUCAAAUCUAUGGACGUUAAUGAUAGUGGCACAGUAAAAUUGGGGGAAGCUUGGAUGAUGUUACAGUCAAGCACAAUGUGUAACAAUUUGUCUCUCUUGGAUCUGCUCAACACAGUAAAUAAGAAGUCCGAAAUCUAUAGGACAUUAAUAGAUGGAUUUCCGGCAAAAGGUGACCCAACCGAAUUGCGAAUAAAUUUCGAACAGUUCUGCGUUUUAGCCAGUGAAUCAUCGUGGAUGCGGAUGAAGAGUAAUGGCAUCUCUUGCGAAAGUGAGAUACCUUCAGUAUGGAAUAUAUUAUGUAGGAAGACCUCAAAUUUCUUGCGCCGAGUUUUCGUACAUCCUUUUAAUCGUUUCCUAGAUUGGACUAAUUCCUUCGUACAAGAAUUCGAGAAGAGAGACAUUUAUGUUGGUGUAGUCAGUAAAGAUCUGUUUUGGUUAGAAUCUUCUGCAAUACCAUUGAUAGAAUCAAUGAGGUUGUCUCUGUAUCGACCAAGUUUGAAUGAAUACAACGUAAGAAUAUUGCCGCAAGAAUUGCAGAAGAUAAAAAACUCACGACUGAUCCUAUUGAUAGUGCCGCAGAAUUCGCGCGGUAUCGCCAUUAUGGCACUGGCAGCUCAUUUGAUUGGACUGCACGCUAAGCUCGUCCUCUGUGUUCAAAUUCUUCCUGAGGGUUCUAUUAUAUCUGAUGAACAAUUGACUGAACAAGCCCGAAAAGAUUACAACCGGGGGAGGAUGUACCUGUCGGACUUCGCAACGCGUGAAGGUGUACCUGUUUUUCAGAAUAUCGCUGAUGCUUUACAACAUGCGAUACAAUUAGUUCAAAAUCCUUGUUGACCUAAGUGCUCUUUACUGUUUUUCUUUUUUCUAUUUUUUUCACACAGAUAAGCUCAUUAGUUUGAGAAUUAAUUUAUUUUUAUUCUUAACCAUGUCCAACUACCAUUUGAGAUCAAUACAUAUACCAUAGGUAUAAUGAUGAUAAUGUAUUAUCAUUAUUAUAACUAUAAGAAGCGAUUGUGUUAGUUACAGUAAUUCAUUAUCGUUAUUGGCUGCUUUUGCUAAUAAGAUUGCUUUUUCUCAUAAUGUUUUUUAUCAUUAAUGUGUCUCAUAUACAGCCGCGUGUUAUUUAUGCUCUUUUCAUUAAUAAUGUUGCUUGUUUACAUAGUAUUAUUAUUAUUAUCAUUUUUAAGUUCUUGACAAAAUUAAAACAUGUGCAAUCAAGACUUUAUUUAUCAAGAUAUUCUAUUUAUUGUUAGUAUUUGUCAUGAACACGGCAUUUUGAAAGCAAUUAUUUUUACUUUGUUGACCGUUAC